UCUGUUGCAGCAGGCUGUCGACAUCCGAUGUCUCUGUCUCUCCUCUCGGGGUCACCAGAAGUCCCCGGCGAGGGCCCCCGCAGAUCGACGACGGGCGAGAGCCUCCCGCCGUGCUCUCGUCACGGCGCGAGCACGUCUGGGGCCUUUCUCUGUGCCUCCAGGUUCGGCAGGCGGCCACGCACCGGGCGCCGAGACGGGCAGCCGCGCGGCGGGCGCCGGGGCGGCCCCUCCGAGGGCACCCCGCCUGCGGCCGGCCGCCCCCCCAUCGUGGGAGCUCCACCCCCUCCAGCUGCCCGAGGCCGCACUGGCAGAGGAGCUCGUGGCCGAGGGCACGCGCUUCCAGCGGGCGACGACGCGGAAGUUGUCUGGCUCGACGACCUCUACGGACGCCUGCAGCGCGGACCUCCUCAGCAACGACGGCGACGCGGGGCCGAGCGCGGGCCCGCUCGGGCCCGGGAGGGACCUCCUCGGCGUCGCGGCGUCCCUCGGGUGGCCCGGGAGCCCGCGCGGGGCGGGGGAGGUGCGCGGGGCGGGCCCGCGCGCCCCCCGCGCGUGAAGCGGGGCCAGGCAGAGGCCCACGGGUUAUAGCGCGCGCCCGGCCCACCACGGCCGCGCGCUCCGCGCCGCGACGUGCCGGCGCGCCGCGGGGUUCGGCCAGGGGCCACCGCCGGGCCGGGUCAGAGGUACAGUCCGACCUCCUGGCGGUUUCCUCGUCCGACUGCCAGGCUGGGUCAGGGGUACAGUUCGACUGACAGGCCGGGUCAGGGGUACAGCACUCUUGGGCUGCCGCUGUCUUUCGACGCGGUGAAUUCCCUCGACGUCCGUCGCUCGCUUUGCUUUGUCUCUCUCUCUCUCUCUCUCUUUCUCGCUUUUUUUGAGUCGCGGCGCACUCAGUUCAGUUCGCGUGUCCUGAGUUGCCCUAGGGGUGUACUUGCUUGAUGGCUGCUUGAGCGAGGGGCAGG